UCAACUGAAAGCAAAUGAUGACCCUUUUUGGGUCGUCACACCCUGUUUAGGGUAAGCAGAGCAUUUGUAUCAAUUCUAUCAUGGUAUCAGAUACAAGCGGCGAUCCUGAGUAUUAAUCCCAUCAUCGUUCGGUGUUUCUCUCUCUGUCUACUGCCCGUGAGAUGUAGUACAUACAUAGUCUUCAGACACUUAAAAAAGGAAACCUAUCUAUUGAUUCGUACAUGGCAAAGAUACGUGAAUUUGAUGAUUGCCUUCAUUAUAUCGGUCGUGGAAUGGAUGACCCUGAAUUGGUACGUUGUGCUUUGAAUAGCCUUCUUGUCUCUUAUGAAUCAUUUAUUGUUAUGGCUUCGAAUAUGUGCCCUCAUCCAACUUUUGCAGAGUUGUGGACUAUGCUCAUUACCCACGAGGUGCGCACUCUGCCUACAAAUGAUGUACCCUCUGCUCCUCUGCCUAUAGCUUUGUUAGAUGGUUCAUCUUCUGAUGUUACUUCAUCUUCUCCUGUUGGUCCAUCUUCUGCCCAUGGUAACUUUGGUCAUUCUAGAAACUAUCAUCGUGGGCAAUCUGGUCGUGGUCGUGGCUCUAGUCAACGAGGUCGUGGUUCUCCUUUUCAACAGUCUUAUGGAGAUCAUUAUCAGCAUAAUUGAUGUAAAAUAAAAAUCUAUGUUAAAUUUUAUUAAUUUUGGCCAAGAUAAUAUUUUAGAGCUCAAGUCAAAA